AUGGCUAUCAAUAGCCAGAGGGGAACGAUUGAUGACCACAGAGAUCACCGACUAGUAGCCAACACUCGGAACCAGGGGCAUAGGCAGGUAUGGGUGGAGAAAAGCCGAGAUCAACAGAAUAAUUAUACCCCACGCACUUCACAAACAGAUGUCGUAACCCCCAUGAAAGAACCAACCAAUCAGCAAGUGAGUGAGAAGUUAGUAGCUAAUGACUUAGCUCCCCAUGCAGUGGACGUCCAAGGGAAAGAGAAAGAAGCAGUCAUAAUGAAUCCUGAUGGGGACUUGCCCAACAAUAACACCACGCAGAAGGGGUCGAGGACAGUGGGCGACCAAACCAAGAACUCACCGUCACUGGUUACCCCAGUGGAGACAUCUUGUGGCGGGGACUUUCAGCUACAAAACCAAGAGGCAAACAUGAUCACAAGUCAGCGACAAGAAGAAAGCACACAAAGGUUGGGAGUAGAUGACGAAUUAUCGAAGGUGGGGAGCCCGCAAAAAGAGGCUCCGCCCCCCGCACAGUAG